AUGGCGGCGAAGGGUUUAAUUUGUAGUGGGGUAAGAAGACGAGUAGGGAAUGGAAAAUCUACCUCGGUAUGGGGACAUCCUUGGUUACAAGAUGAGGAAGACCCUAUGAUCCAGACAGAAAUGCCACCCCAGCUGAGUAGUGCCAGAGUAGUCAAUUUAAUUGACCAAGAAACGGGUACAUGGGAUCACGACUUACUUACGGAUAUUUUUGAACCCAAUGAUGUGGCCAGGAUUUUAAAAAUACCAAUCUCCCCAGAUUAUGAUGAUAUGUGGUAUUGGCAUGGGGAUCCCAGAGGCUACUACACGGUUAAAAAUGGGUACAGAUGUAUGUUGGGAAACUACGAGAAUACUGGAAAUAUGGAGUUUACUAAGUGGCUCACAUUGUGGAAACAGAAAAUCCCACCCAAAUGGAAAACCUUAUUAUGGAGAGCUUUAAGUGAUAUCCUUCCUACUACCAAUAACUUGAUUAUAAAAAGAGUAGAGGUUGAUCCGGUGUGUGCCAUGUGUGGAGUUGCAAAUGAGGAUAUUAUGCAUGCAUUGGUUAUGUGUGAUUAG